CUUGAGGCUAACGCAUGGUCGAGCACAGGAACAGCAGCUUAACAGCUGACUUGCACUUGCAGCCGAUCUAGCGCUCAAUAAGAAGAACGAAUGCUUGACGACGAAGUGAAAUAAGGAGGAGAGUCAAUACAAAAUAUAUGGCUCGAGUGCGUCAGCUCAUUCUGGGGUUAUCGAGUGUGCUGAUCAUCUCACUUGUAGCAGCUGCUGCUUGGGCAGCAAGAAAACCUAGCCCUUCCAAUGCACCCAUCGUGGUGAACACAUGGGCAUUCACAAAGGCGACGGAGAAGGCUUGGGACGUCCUGACCACUUCACAGUCUGGCAGUGCUGCACUGGACAGUGUGGAACAUGGCUGUGGGGAAUGUGAGCGCCUCCAGUGCGAUCUCACAGUGGGCUAUGGGGGAUCUCCCGAUGAGGAGGGCGAGACCACCUUGGAUGCUUUGAUCAUGGACGGGACAGCCAUGGACACGGGAUCUGUGACAGACUUGAGGUACAUCAACAAUGCGAUCAGCACAGCCAAAAAGGUGAUGCUGUACAGCACACACUCGAGCUUGGGUGGACUGCAGGCCACAACCUUUGCAAUGGACAUGGGAGCCACCCUUAGCAACCUCAGCACCAAGGCCUCCAGUGACAUGUACUAUGACUGGAAGGGCAAAAACUGCCAACCUAAUUUCCGGAAGAAUGUGCACCCGGAUCCCUCGAAAAGCUGCGGUCCAUACAAGCCUCUCACACAAGAUGUUCUGGCUGCUGGGACAGCUUCACGAGAAGCCAGCAAAAUCAAUGAGAGCUUGCUCAUGAAGGUUUCUCGGGACUCCAGGGAGCUGGCAGAGCAAGUCAAAACCGGGACAGCUUCCAGGCAGGAGAGCAGGGUCACCCGGAACAAUCACGACACCAUUUCAAUGAUAGCUUUGGACUCGGAUGGCAACAUCGCUGCAGGCUCCUCCACGAAUGGGGCAAACCACAAGAUUCCUGGGCGCAUGAGUGAUAGCGCAGUUGCGGGCGCGGGAGCAUACGCAGACAGCCGGGUCGGCGGCUGCGGCAGCACUGGGGACGGAGACGUUCACCUGCGCUUCCUUCCCUGCUACCAGGCAGUGGAGAGCAUGCGGCAGGGGCUCUCGCCAAAAAAGGCGGCAGAGGACGCGAUUCGGCGAAUCGCCGAGGUGUACCCGGGCUACGUCGGCGCUUUAGUCACGCUUAGUAACGCCGGGGAGCACGGCGCGGCCGCCCACGGGUGGACAUUUGAGUACUCGGUGCGCGACACAUCCAUGACAGAUGUCAAGGUCUUCAAGGUCACCCCCCUUGAUACGCCCCUUCCAUUGCGCAGCAGAGCAGGUACUCGCUGGUUUUGGGGCAUGUGA